GUAUGAGAGUGAACUCGCUUCUGAGGGUUUUUGCACCGGAAAAUCCCAAUUUCAGCAUUUCGUCCUCAAAAGAAAGCCAGAUGUAAAGUUUAGUGCUAGAGAACAAUGCAGGGAUUUCAAUAUUUACUGCUUCACCUAUGCCUCGGUUUGGUUUGUGAGGGAAAGUCAAUAAGUCAAGUCACACAGCAAGAGGACAAGAAGUUUGCUUGGCGUCUCGCGGACGACCGAGUGGAGCAAGACGACUUGGAGAGCCUUUUAGAGCCUUUGAAAGAAGACUUCCUGAAGAUGCUGAACUUCUCAGGAGUUCCAAUGGAAGAGAGGAAGGUUCAGCCUCCUCCAUUUAUGAUGGAGCUGUACAACAAAUAUGCCUCGGAUAUGCCCUCUGUUCCACGUUCUGAUGUCAUUCGUAGCUUUGUCAUACAGGAGGUGACCCAGUCGGUUAUCAGUGAGAAUAAAUCUUCACACCGGCUCCUUUUCAACGUUUCAGUUCCUAGCUAUGAAGAAGUCAUCGUGGUCCAGCUCAGACUCUUCAUGCUGCGGCAGAGAAGUCACUCAGCCUGUGAUAACACUUCUACUUCCAUUAGCAUUUACAAUGUAGUUCAUACGAAGGCCAAAGAAAUAUUACACCAUGUGGACAGGAAGGACAUCAGCGACACAGAACACAGCGACACAUGGGAGGCUUUUGAUGUCACAAGUGCCCUCCAGAGUUGGCUUCAGUCGAAGCACGGAGCAGGUGUAUUGGAGGUUGAGGUGCAAAGUGGAGGCUGUGGAUCAUCCCAAGGGGGAAGCUAUGAGAUCAGCCUCAAUUCGGAGGACAGCACUUCACCUGUUUUAAUUGUCUUUUCAAAUGACCUUGAGAACAGGAAGAGAAAAGUCAAAACUGAGGUACAAGAGAUGAUGACUCACGAAGAAGAGACAUUUUUAUUAAGCAAGGAUCCCGUAGAAGACUAUAACAGUGAGGUCCACCUGGAUCAGUCUCAUAGAAGAAAGAGGAACGCGCGGAAGAACUACUGUCGCAGAGAGUCGCUUAAAGUGAACUUCAAGGACAUUGGAUGGGACAAGUGGAUUGUGGCCCCUCCUGAGUAUGAUGCAUAUGAAUGUAAAGGUGUGUGCAGUUUUCCUCUAACAGAUGACGUGACCCCCUCUAAACAUGCCAUUAUUCAAACUUUGGUAAAUCUGAGCAACCCAAAAAAAGCCCACAGGGCCUGUUGUGUUCCAACAAAGCUGGACCCGUUAACCGUCAUGUACCAAGAGAACGGCAUUAUCACUGUGAGACACCUUUAUGAGGAGAUGAAGGUGGCAAAAUGUGGCUGUAGGUAGUGAGAAAAUAGCUGACGGAACAGAUGACAUGCUGAUCAUGUGUUAGGCUUCAUGCCUUCAAAGUAGUACAUAAUCUGUAUCCUUGUAAAAAUGUUAAAAGUUAUAUUUAAU